UCAGUGUCCCACAUCUCCAUCUAUUGUUAAAAGCUUCUAUUUUUUCUGGGUCUUCAUUGCUCAAAUGCCUUGUUUUGCUUCUGUUCUACUUCAAGUUUAGUGCUUCUUCUAGAUUCUGAUCUUGCCUUCACCACUUUGAGUGAUACCAACAAAAUGGGAGUGGAUUUGAGGCAAGUGGUGGCUGGUGUGCUCACCCUCACUAUGUUCGUCAUGCUUAUACAUAUGAUCAAAAGGGACCAUUUUGAUUCGGUUCAAGAUAAACUUCCAGGAGCAACAGAGGAUUUCAGCUUUGAAAAUUCAAAGUUUGAUGCUACUCAUGUAAGAAAGAAUAUAGGGCUUUGGAAGGGAGAUGCUGAUCAGUUAAAUCCAUGUUGGGCUAAGCCAUCUGGAGAUGAUGGCGAGCAGACUGAGGGGUUUGUUACCUUUUCAUUAACCAAUGGCCCAGAGUAUCAUAUAUCUCAGAUAGCAGAUGCGGUGAUUGUUGCUAGAAAUCUUGGGGCAACACUUGUGAUCCCUGACAUCAGAGGAAGCCAACCUGGUGACAAAAGGAACUUUGAGGACAUUUAUGAUGUUGAUGUGUUCAUGAAAAGCAUGGAAGGAGUGGUCAGAGUGGUAAAGGAUCUUCCUGCUCGUAUAUCAACACAUAAAAUUGCUGCUGUGAAGGUCCCUAAUCGGGUUACUGAAGACUACAUAGCUAAACAUGUUGAACCAAUUUAUAGAACAAAGGGAAAUAUAAGGCUUGCAACUUACUUUCCUUCAAUUAACAUGAGAAAGGCUGGGAAAAAAGGUGACAGUGAUUCUAUAGCAUGCUUGGCAAUGUAUGGAAGUUUAGAGUUACAGCCAGAAAUGCGUGACCUUGUUAACUCCAUGGUCGAAAGACUUAGAACUUUAAGCCGAAACUCAGAUGGCCAAUUUAUAGCUGUGGAUUUGAGAGUUGAGAUGUUGAGUAAGAAGGGUUGCCAAGGAAGUGAUAGUGAUGGAGAGAAGAGCUGCUUCAAUGCACAAGAGAUUGCUGUGUUUUUGAGAAAGAUUGGUUAUGAAAAGGAUACCACAGUUUAUGUGACACAAUCAAGGUGGGAUAGCAGCCUUGAUUCUCUUAAGGAUUUGUUCCCUAAAACUUACACAAAGGAAGCCAUCAUGCCCGCAGAUAAGAAGAUGAAGUUCCUAGAUUCUCAAGAUUCUGAAAUGGAGAAAGUGAUUGACUUUUACAUUAGUUCUCAGAGUGAUGUUUUCGUACCAGCAAUUUCAGGUCUAUUGUAUGCGAAUGUAGCUGGUAAGAGAAUUGGUUCUGGUAAAACCCAGAUAUUGGUUCCUGCUCAUGUUCAAGGUUCAUCUGCUUCUGCCUCCAGUUUCUUGUCCCCUUACAUUUCCAAGAAAAAUCACUUUGCCUAUUCUUGUUACUGUUAGUUUGCAGUGAAGACAAUUUCAAGCAUCUAGUAGCAAAUGCUUUCCAGAGUGAAUUUCAGUGUGAAGGGCCUAAGGCUUUUUGUUUUUAAAUUUUUUUGAGUGUUCAAAAAAAGAAAAAAAAAAGGAGAGGCAAGUGUUCACUAGACUGAAAUUACUAUCAUGUAAUAUGUACUCAGGAUAUUCUGUGCACAUAUUUAGUUUGUAAAAUUAUGGUUGCUCCAUAAUUAUUCUUCAUA